AUGCCACGGCCCACCGUGCCCAGGGUCGAGCUCAGCGGUUCGCCGUACGAGAUUGGGCUGGCGCACGGCCGUCUUCUCGCACCCCAAAUCCAUAGUCAAUUGGAGAUAUACCGUGAUAUUUUCCUAGAAAACUGCAAGUUUGAAUGGCCGAAAGUACUGGGUUUAGCCGCGCAAUACCGGUCGAUCAUCGCUGCGCUUGCACCGGAACUCCUUGAGGAGAUGCGUGGAAUUGCGGACGGUGUCGGUGGCACCGACGUCGGCCUUCUGGAUAUUGUCGCCCUUAAUUCCAGAAGUGAGAUUGCUCUGGGACUAUGGGAUGACGGCUGCACGAGCCUCGCGUGGAAUAUGAGAGGUUCUGGGAAGCAGUUGCUCGCGCAGAACUGGGACUGGAGGACGUCAGUCGGUGAAAACCUCGCCUUGGCACACAUCACGCAGGUUGGAAAGCCCUCCAUCUGGAUGGUGAUUGAGCCUGGCAUCGUUGGAAAGAUCGGGUUCAAUUCCGCAUCCGUCGGUGUGUGUUUGAACGCCAUUCGUGCAUCUCCGACUUCGACUUCCCUUCUUCCCAUUCAUUUACUCUUGCGCAUAGCUCUUGAGCAUGACUCCGUUGACUCAGCUAUCGCGGCCAUCGAACGCCUUGGCGGUGCGGCAUCGAGCCAACAUAUCCUCAUAGCAGAUGCCAAUGGAGGACGUGGGCUUGAGCUAUCCCCCCGUGGAGGUGUUUAUCUCAAGGAAGACAGGAACGGUAUCAUCGUGCACACGAACCACUUCCUCGAGAAUAACCUCGUGGACGAGCCCCCAUGGCUAUCAGGUUCACCUAUGAGAUUGAAAAGAGCGCGCUCUCUUUGCGGGAAUAUAAUGCAAGACUUAGGAUGCGAAGGUCUACCUCAGGGUGUAAAUCCGGCUCUUCUUCGUGAUCGAGUUUUCUCGGAUUCGGUCAACUCCCCGCAGGCAAUAUGUUGUGUGCCCGAUAUUGCCAAGGGUGGUCUGGCUCGUAUUGCAACCUUAUUCAAUAUUGUGAUGAUGUUCGAGCCGAGGGAGAAGCCUUGCGCAGAAGUGGUGUUUGGAAAACCUGGCAGUAGUGAACAAAGCGAGGUAUACGAGCUGCCAUGGUAG